UUUCUCCAAAGAUUGGUCUCCAACUUCAAUUAUCAGAGUAGGCGUUUUUUUUGCAGUUCAAGCACUAAAAUGGAAAUUUCUGCAGAGAUUCAAGAAGGUUUGCAGUUAGCUGGGAGCUCUGCUAGAGUACAAGAUAAAGCCUUUGAGCCAUUAUUGCAGAAAAUAUUCUCAGACGUGUCGGAACCUGGUAGAAAUGAAGAUGGUGAUGGAGCAGUGUCAGCUAUCGAACCAGCAGUAUUGAAGGAAAGCUAUGCCUCCCUGUAUACACUGGUGUUAGAAGCAGCUAAACAUGAUGCAGACAACAGUUCCAUCAGCUCCUUCUUAGAAGACAAUAAGUUCAGUCAGGAUAGGAUCGAUGCCUUCCUCAAGCAUUUCCAGGAGAAGAAGCAAGAGAUAAGAUCCAUGCUGAGCAACAUCGGUCACACUCCUCCUCAUAUUGUUGAUGUCGAUUGGCGGUUAGACUUCUAUCUAAAGAACAAGCACAUCGAUAAGAUCAAUCAGCCGACCUAUCUGAUAAACCUCAAGACAGAGCAGGGUCAUCGAGGUGCCAAAGAUAUACAGUUUAGCUGUUCGCUUGAACAGUUACAGGACCUAGUUGGAAAACUGAAGGAUGCAACAAAAAGCCUAGAAAAAGCAGCUCAAGGCUCAUAGCAGUACAACCUUUUAGAUGUAAAUAUACAGAGAGUAGUUUUAUACGGGCGAUAGCUGAGGAUAGUAGAACAAUAUCUUAUAAUAUUACACGCAACUUAUGAUAAUUCAUUCCAAGGUUUCUCAAACCAUUAGCAUUUAAAGAUGUUUUUCAAGAAAGCUAAGAUUUAAACUGUCAACAUUUGAGAAACGACAAACAAUGGUCAACAGUGAAAAUAUAAUAUAGUUACAAUUUCAUCCUCCAGAAAUAGGGAUGUUUGGUCUCUUCAAAGGCAUUAUAGAUCUUUGUGUCUCUUUUAAAUUAAAGAUAAACUUUAGUACUGGUAAUGCGAUUGCAUUGUGAAAGAAAAGGUGUGGAAAGGAUCAGAAACAGUUGAUCAUGUAGCAUGUAAGUAUU